GCAAUUGUUAUUAGCGCCCUUACAUUCAAAUUAGGCGCAGAGAGAGAGAGAGAGAGGUUGAAGAAGAUGAUAGUGAGGACUCCUCCAGUGAAGAAGCGACGGGGGCCGGAAAUCGAGAGCCCACCACCGUCUGCGGCGGCCGGCCCUCUCGUCAUCUACGAGGACCACCCUUCUCCUUCCCCGCAUCUUCAACCUACCGACGACGGUUCCUCCCACCACAUGCUCUGCACCUAUCAAUGCCGCCAAAUGGUUAAAUCAGAGUUUCUAGAUGCCUUGAGUAAUGCAGAGAAGCAAGUUCAGGAUUAUCAAUCUAGAUUGGAGGCAUUAAAUGACAACUUUCGCAAAGUUGAAUCAGAGAGGAAGAAAUUUCGGGAUCAAUUUUUAUAUACAGAACAAGAACUUUCCGCGGCAAAGGGACGCGAAAAGGCUCUGCAGGAGCAACAGUUGAAGGAGGUCCAUGAUUUUCAGGAAAGAUUCAGUAAACAAAUACGAUCAUACACUGAACUUGAGGUAAAGCUCCAAACUGAAAUAAAUCUUCGCACGAAAGCCGAGACUUCAGCCGCUUCGGCUGAGAAGAAAGCAAGUGUUUUAGAGGGAAAGCUAAGCCAUCUUUCUGAAAGCAUAGAGAGGGAGAAAAGGCAUCUCAACAAUGAAAUUGCACAUAUUAAAAGAGAAUCCAAGCUUUCUGUUGCUAGAAUAACUGCUGAUCUUGAACGAAUGGAAUGUAGAGCUCAUAAUGCUGAGAAAGAAUCACAACUACUGAAAGGGCAGCUGGAUGAUCUUAAAAAGCAACUUAGUGAGUGCUUGCAACAGAAGAGUGAAGCAGAGACUAAGUUAACCAGAUUCACAUUCCAAGAAGUUAAUCAUACAGACAAUGAUAUAUUGGUUAAACAUCUGCAAGAAGAGCUUAGAAACUUUGAAGCUGAAGUGAGGGCAGCGAGAAAGCUGAAGUCUUCUCAUGAAGAUGUGAAUUUGUUGAAGGAAAAAUUGCUGGAAGAAAAGGGCCGUAGAGAGAGGGCAGAGUCAGAGUUAUCCAAAUUACAAGAAUUUCACCCGAGCAUGAAGAAGUUGGAGGAUGAGUUGACAUCUUGGAAGUUGAUGACCAAAGACAUUCCAGGCGUGUCAUGUUGUGAUGAUAUACCUGUGAAGUUUGGAGCUUUACAAAAAGAGGUAAUUGAUAGCACGAAGAGGGAGGGUGAGGCAACUGCCCGCUUGAAACAAUUGGAGGUAGCUCUGGAUGCUGCACUAAUUGGUAAACAAAAUGCUGAAACUGAGGCUGAACUGAUGAGAGAGAAGUUGGAGGUAACAAAAUCAGAGGUUAACAGGAUUGAACUGAUGCUAUCUAGAGUUACUGAGGAAAGAGAUAAGUUGAGAAAUGACAUCAAUGAAUUCAAGCGGGCAAAGAGUGAUGGUGCAGGAGAUGAAGCAACCAGUCAAAGUCUUCUUAAGGAGCUUGAAUCGUCUCUUGCGAAGAAGGAAGGCUAUAUUAAAGAACUAGAUUCUGCUCUAUUUGAACAAAAACAAGUUAAUAGUUGUCAACGUGAAGAAAUAAAGUCACUCAAUGACAGAUUAAAAACUGAAGCGAGAAAAGUGAAGUCAUUGGAGAGGGAGGGUGAUCAACUUCGUUCAGAGAUCUCUCUGCUGGAGUCCAAGCUGGGCCACGGUGAUUUCUCUGCUGCAAAUACAAAAGUUUUACGAAUGGUGAAUACUCUUACUGUUGAUAAUGAAGCAAAACAAACUAUAGAGGCAUUAAGAACUGAACUACAGAAGACAAAGGAGAAGUUACAAGCCGUUGAAGAAUUGAAAAGCCAGUCAGGUGAAGCUGGGAAAUUGGUGGAUUCCGACAUAUCCGGAAAGAUUGUGCAGUUGAAAGAACAAAUCGCAACUCUUGAAAAACGUGAGGAAAGGUACAAGACUGUUUUUGCUGACAGAAUUUCAGUGUUCAGGAGAGCAUGUUGUGAGCUUUUUGGUUACAAGAUUGUAAUGGAUGAACACCAGCGACCGAAUGGUAUUCCUGUUACACGUUUUACCCUCCAAUCUAUAUAUGCUCAAAGCGAUAAUGAGAAGCUUGAAUUUGAAUAUGAAUCAGGGACUACAAACAUUUUGGCAAAUGAUUAUACCUCUCAGCGUGAGAUAUCUCAACAGGUUGAGAUAUUUAUUCGGAAAAUGAAUUCAAUCCCAGCUUUCACUGCCAAUUUAACAGUGGAGUCGUUCAACAGGCGAACCCUGAGCUAAGACCAAGUCAACAACUUGCCUAUACUGCACAUACUUUAUUUUUAUUUUUCCUUUUUUGGUUUUGUUUUUGUAUUUGCUUACAUUUUAUUUAAAUUUAAAAUUAAUAAUUAUUUUUCCUAGUACUUUUGGAAUCUAGAAUACAGAAGGUUGGAUGGUACUCUUCCCUAAUAUUGUUGUGCCAUGCUGCAAUGACGGCUGUUAUGUUGGAAAUUGCAUCCUUUUGAAGAGGAUGGCUACAGUGUAAUUGCCAUUUUUUUUUAUUGGUUUGUAUCGAC